UUCGCCCCAUGAUCUCAUAUCCAAGCUGCCAUUUGAAUGUCCCUACAAUAGUGUUUAUUUACAUAGCUUAUUUUCUAUAAACUUUCCAUUAUUAAAAAUUUCAUAAUAUUAAUAUUCUCCUCCUUGAAUUUUGUUUUGAUUAAUACAAGUGGCGAAUGGAUCAAGGAGAACUUGCACGAAUUUUUCAAAUGUUCGAUCGAAAUGGGGAUGGUCGUAUUACAAAAAAAGAGCUUAGUGACUCAUUACAAAAUCUUGGAAUUUGUAUAGCGGAACGAGAUUUGGUCCAAAUGAUUGAAAAAAUAGACGUAAAUGGAGAUGGAUAUGUUGACAUUGACGAAUUUGGUGAAUUAUAUCAAACGAUAAUGGAUGAUAAAGACGAAGAGGAGGAUAUAAAAGAAGCAUUCAAUGUGUUUGAUCAAAAUGGAGAUGGAUUCAUAUCAGGCGAGGAAUUAAGCGCGGUGUUGUCUUCUUUGGGUUUAAAGCACGGAAAAACUUUAGAAGAUUGCAAAAAUAUGAUCAAGAAAGUUGAUGUGGAUGGUGAUGGAAUGGUAAACUUCAAAGAAUUUAAACAAAUGAUGAAAGCUGGUGCUUUUACUCCAGAUUCAUUAAGUUGAUACAUGGUAGAUGCUGUGUAACUGUUUUUCUCUUUUAUGUUUAGAUUCCCUUUGUACAAAUAUUAUGGAUCAUGUUUUAAUGAAAAUGGUAUCUUGGUUGGUGA